CUAUUUAGUUUCGAGAGCGAAAUAUCUUCCCUUGUGGCCGAUGAUGGAUCGCCAGCUAAAAAGAAGAAGAAGACUGCCGAAGUCGAAGAACCGAAGGAAAACGGAGAUGCUCAGACAACAAGUGCCAACGUGAUUGUUUCUACAGCACCAGUCAUCACUAUGGCCCCCACAAUACCUGUUAUUGCCGCAGCACCAAUGAUACAGACCAUUCCAAAUCCUAUGGCGCCGUUUUUGCCAAGAGUCACAACACUACAAGUUCCGGGAGUGUCAAUCAUGCCUCCUCCUGUGCCUCCACCUAUGUUCAUGCCUCCCAAUCAAGGUUUUCGGCCGCCUCCAGGAUUUCCUAUGCCUAUGCCCAAUCUUUUUCUACCACAUCAGCUGCGACAACCUCCCCCUGCAAGACAGUCUGCAACAAUUGAAAGCGCUCCAAAAAUUUACAGUUCGGAAGUACCCACAAGCAACGCGACGGGAGGCCAAACUGCUACUGCACCAGUCACAUUUGCACUUGCAUCUGACAUCGAAGCAAUGGAAAAGAAGAACGAGCAUCCGUCAUCUUCUUCAUCAAAGUCGAAGGAUGCUAGAAAUUUAAAGCCUAAAAAGUACCUCCGGGCUGGUGGUGGACAGAUCUGGGAAGAUCCUUCCCUGGCUGAAUGGGAUAAGAAUGACUUCCGCAUAUUUUGUGGCGAUUUAGGAAAUGAGGUCUCCGAUGAGCUACUGGCCAAAGCUUUUCGUAAGUAUCCCAGCUUCCAGAAAGCGAAGGUUGUCAGAGAUUCACGGUCAAACAAGAGCAAAGGCUAUGGUUUUGUCGCAUUCUCCGAAUCUGAUGACUAUGUACGCGCCAUGAGAGAGAUGGAUGGUAAGUAUGUUGGAAAUCGUCCUAUUAAAUUACGGAAGUCUAACUGGAAGGAUCGAAAUUACGAUGUCGUCAAGAAGAAGCAAAAACAGAAGGCUAAGCUGGGACUAUGGGGUUAA